AUGGGCAAUGGAAUGGGCAGUCCCUGCACAAAUGCGAGAGGCUCGAUUGUGACGGAGACGUUCCAAAUGCUGGAUCUAAUCCUCUUGAACGAGGGCACGCAGCAGACUUUUUGCAGAGCUGGCGUGGGGUCCAUAGUCGACCUGACUUACGUGUGCAGCGCGUUGUCGCCUUCGGCACGUUGGCGCUUGAGCGACGCCUACACAGCUAGCGACCACCGUGCCAUUCUGUGCGAAGUUGGCGGGCGGCGCCCCAGCAAUACAAGUGACCCAUCAAGAUGGGUUAACUUCAAUGCGGAUAAGAUGGAUGUGCUGCGCUUCAGCGCUCGCAUCCAGUGCAUGGAAGUGGUAGGAAGCGCCGAGCAGAUGGCUACGAUAGCAUUGCAUGCGUUAGCGCAAGCAUGCAAAGACACGAUGCCCCCCAGGAGAUCUUCCACCCACCACCAUCUGCCAGUGUACUGGUGGAAUGAGGAUAUCGCCACCGCCAGGCGGGAAUGCAACCGCGUGAGAAGAUGCUACCAGCGAUCGCGAGGCAGACCGUCCUACACAUCGUGGCAGCGCGAAUUCAAAGAGAGGCGGAAAGCUCUGAAACAUGCCAUCAAGGCGAGCAAACGCAAAUGCUUCAUCGAGCUUUGUGAGACUUUGGAGAGCGACCCAUGGGGGAAGGCGUAUCAACUGGUCACUAAAAAGAUCUCGGCACACAAAGCGUCUAUGCCACCGGAUGAUGUGAUGCACUGCAUUGUCCGUGAGCUGUUUCCGACUACAGCUGGUGAGACGGUGCGAUAUCUUGAUGUCGCCACAUCCAAUAACAGUGCGGCAAUUGAGUGGGUUACCAGUGCCGAGAUAAGUACUAUCGCUGGAAGCAUGAAGCUGGGAAAGGCGCCUGGGCCGGAUGGCAUUCCACUGAGAGCUCUUCGGCUCGCCUGUGCUCUGAGGCCGGAAAUCUUCGUUGACAUGUUCAACAGAUCGACAGUCGACGCAGCGACUAGAGUUGUGGAGAUCGCCUCACACGCCAUAGCGGGCAGCAGAUGGAAAGGAGGAGCCAAGGAGUACUGCUUAAUGGUCACGCUGGACAUCAAGAAUGCCUUUAACUCGGCUCGUUGGGACUGCAUUCUCAAGGCUCUGGCAGUGUUCCAAGUGCCGAGUUAUCUUCUGGAGAUCGUGCGUAGCUACCUAUCCUGCAGGCGGCUAUUGUACGAGACAAGCGCUGGUACAGAGGAGUACGUCGCGACGGCAGGUGUUCCACAAGGGUCGGUCUUGGGCUCUCUUCUGUGGAAUGCCAUGUAUGAUGGCAUCCUGAGACUAACCCUCCCACCGGCACGCACAUGGUUGGCUUCGCAGACGACAUCGCUGUCCUUGUCGUGA